AUGGGUGUGGAAGUCGAAACUAUAGCUCCGGGUGAUGGAAGAACAUUUCCAAAGAAGGGCCAGACAUGUGUGGUACAUUACAUAGGUAUGCUGCAGAAUGGAAAAAAGUUUGACUCGUCUCGAGAUAGGAAUAAACCUUUUCAGUUCAGGCUUGGAAAGUCGGAGGUCAUUAAGGGCUGGGAGGACGGCGUAGCACUGAUGAGCCUGGGUCAGAGAGCUAAACUCACCUGCACACCAGACGUGGCCUAUGGAGCUGUUGGGCACCCCGGGGUCAUCCCUCCUAACGCCACACUUGGAGAAAACUACCAGCCGCCACCUCCCACAACUUAUGUUAUUAUCCUCUUCCACAAGGCGGCCCAUGCUUGUCUGAAGGUCGAAAUUCAUCCGGAGUGGGCCAGCCUGGCGAAGAAACAGCUCAAAGGCAAGGAUCCAGAAGACCUGAUAUGGCGCACACCUGAAGGUCUGAAUAUCAAGCCUGUGUACACCAAAGCGGACUCGGCCUCCAGCCCCGAUGAGCUCCCAGGAGUCUUUCCCUUCACUAGAGGGCCCUAUCCCACCAUGUACACUUACAGACCAUGGACCAUCAGGCAGUAUGCAGGCUUCAGCACGGUGGAGGAGAGCAACAAGUUCUAUAAGGAUAAUAUCAAAGCUGGCCAGCAAGGUCUGUCCGUGGCCUUUGAUCUCCCCACACACCGCGGCUACGACUCGGACAACCCUAGAGUCCAUGGCGACGUCGGCAUGGCGGGCGUGGCCAUUGAUACGGUGGAGGACAUGAAGAUGCUUUUUGACGGCAUUCCCCUGGAGAAAAUGUCUGUUUCCAUGACUAUGAACGGAGCAGUGAUCCCGGUUCUGGCCAUGUUCAUCGUGACCGGAGAGGAACAGGGCGUUUCCAAGGCCAAUCUCACGGGCACCAUCCAAAAUGACAUUUUAAAAGAGUUCAUGGUUCGAAAUACCUACAUUUUCCCUCCAGAACCUUCCAUGCACGCCAUAGCGGAUAUCUUUGCCUACACAUCAAAGAAUAUGCCAAAGUUCAACUCCAUCUCUAUCAGCGGAUAUCACCUGCAGGAAGCCGGGGCCGACGCCAUCCUGGAAGUGGCCUACACCAUCGCCAAUGGGCUGGAGUACUGCCGCACGGGGCUGAAGGCAGGACUAACCAUAGACCAGUUUGCGCCCAGACUGUCCUUCUUCUGGGGCAUCGGGAUGAAUUUUUACAUGGAGAUCGCUAAGCUGAGAGCGGCACGAAAACUCUGGGCCACACUCAUCAAGGAAAAGUUUGAUCCGAAAAGCGCAAAGUCCCUCCUCCUCCGCACACACUGCCAAACAUCCGGCUGGUCCCUCACUGAACAGGACCCAUAUAACAACGUGAUCCGCACUGUAAUUGAAGGCAUGGCCGCUGUCUUUGGCGGCACUCAGUCCCUCCACACCAACUCAUUUGACGAGGCGCUGGGAUUACCCACGGUGAAGAGCGCCCGCAUCGCUCGAAACACACAGAUCAUUAUCCAAGAGGAGUCUGGGAUUCCUAAAGUGGCUGAUCCCUGGGGGGGGUCCCACAUGAUGGAGGCUCUCACUAAUGAUGUCUACAAUACUGCCCUCAAGUUCAUUAAAGAGAUUGAGGAGAUGGGGGGGAUGGCCCAAGCUGUGGCAGAGGGCAUUCCCAAACUGCGCAUUGAGGAGUGCGCUGCUCGCAGACAGGCGCGCAUAGACUCAGGCUCGGAGGUGAUCGUGGGGGUCAAUAAGUACCGUCUGCAGAAGGAGGAGACGGUGGAAGUGUUGGCCAUCGACAAUACCAUAGUGCGACAGAAGCAGAUUGAGAAACUGAAAAAGGUGCGUGCGCAGCGGGACACAGCAGAGGCUCAGAGGUGCCUGGCUGCCAUCGAGGAGUGUGCUCAGAGCCGACAAGGAAACCUGCUGGAGCUGGCAGUGGAGGCUUCUCGAGCCAGAUGCUCCGUGGGUGAAAUCACAGAUGCCAUGAAGAAAGUUUUUGGGGAGCAUAAAGCCAGCACUCGGAUGGUGAGUGGAGCCUAUCGUAGUGAGUAUGGGGAGAAUGAGGAGAUCACCUUAGCAAACAACAGAGUUGCAGAAUUUAAUAAACUUGAAGGUCGUAACCCAAGAUUGCUGGUGGCUAAAAUGGGGCAGGAUGGGCACGACAGAGGGGCCAAAGUCAUAGCUACUGGAUUUGCAGAUCUGGGCUUUGAUGUGGAUAUUGGACCGUUGUUUCAGACCCCGAUGGAGGUGGCCCAGCAGGCGGUGGAUGCGGACGUGCACUGUGUGGGAGUGAGCACGCUGGCGGCCGGACACAGAACGCUGGUCCCUGAACUCAUUAAAGAACUGCGUAAACUCAACCGGCCCGACAUCCUGGUCAUCUGCGGAGGAGUCAUUCCACCAAAGGACUACGAGUUCUUGUAUGAAACCGGAGUGAGCGCCAUCUUCGGCCCCGGCACGAGGAUCCCACAAGCGGCUGUGGAGGUGGUGGACAACAUCGAGAAAAGCCUGGAGAAAAUCAGACAAGCCAUGUGA